GCAACUUGGAUCGCCGGAGCACUAGGCAGUCACGCUGGACGUGACGGUCACGUUGCACAUGACUGUGUAGACGCGUCGCGUCGCGAGACGCCGUAUCGACACGCAGCUUUGCUUCCGCCUUCAUCAACAACUAUUGUGCGUUGAGUCGACCUCGGAAAUGUCCAAUUCAACUACAAUAUUCGAAGUGGACAAUGUGCCAGAUCCAACGGACUUCCCCUCGACGGAUGUUGCUCCUGGCCUUCGAGAGCUUGACGAGGCUCUUCGUUGCAGCAUUUGUGGGGAGUUAUUCCAAGCACCAUUGACCGUAAGUUGUGGACAUUGUUUUUGCUCAUUGUGCAUACGAACUCAGCUUGCCGUGAAAGCAGAAUGUCCACUCUGUCGGCAGUCGACAAGCGAAUUCUACCUGAGAAAGGCGCAGACCGUAGAGGAUGCCGUCAAGGCUUGGAAUAUUGCGAGACCGUACAUAUUACAGCUUUGCCGAGAAGAGGAGAGACGCAAAGCGCCAGUAACACCUCCAUUAGUCGAUGAAGGUAUUGAAUUUCGGAGUCCAAAGAAACGAAAACGCAGCUCCACCCCGGAUGACGAAGUGGUGGAAAUCCCCAAACCAACUUCCAGUAAGAAUGCUCAAAGGAGUGGACUUUCCCCUACACCCGCUUCAGGCUCUUCAACACCUCAGGUCGUCCCGUGCCCCGUCUGUCAAAGACAGGUAUCCUACUCUAUAAUAAACCAACAUCUUGAUCAGGGUUGCAAAUCAACUUCGGAUUUCGAAACUGGCUCCUCGUCCUCUGGCAGUAAAGGGAAACAGAAACAAGAUUGGCGGAAGUUAUUCAGUGCAGGGGAAGGGUCUACCUCGAGCGGGAACAAGGGAAAGGGGAAAUUAAAAACAAAGGCCAAAGUCGAUGAUGAUGCCUCACCAAUACCCAAGGUCGCAUAUCAUACGCUUAAGGAGAAACGGCUGAGAGAGAUGCUAGCAGAUCACGACUUGCCGAAUAACGGCGACAAGGACACACUCAUCAAACGGCAUGAGAGAUGGGCCCUACUAUACAAUGCCAAUUUGGACCGCACUCCAACAGAUCGCUUGACACUGGAAGACCUACGACGAGAACUGAAGAAGUGGGAAACUGAACGGCAAACGAAGAGACAAGCUGUAACGGACUUGAAUGCCUAUCAAAAAGCAAACAAAGCGGCAUUCAACCAGCUUGUUGAGGCCGCACGUCCGAAGAAACCACCAACGAAACUUCCGCAGUCUGAUUCACCAAUGUCAUUGAACGAAGUGGAGGAAGUUCCAGGGUCGUCAUCUCUAACCGCUUUAUCUUCUCCCGCUCCAGAUCCGACUGUGAUAGUUGUAGACGAAGAAUGACGAUGUUUUCAAUAUAGCGCCUCAUAUAUAAGGGUUUGGAUAUCAUCGCUCAUGUCUAACGACACAAGCAUUGAAUAAUACCUCAUGCGUACAUAUCGAAAGAUAUGCCUUUCCU